UGUUACGAACAGUGUUUAUUCAAUUAGCGUUCGCCGGAUACAUGCAUAUUAAGUAUAGCGAUUUUUUAAACGUUCCCAAACUAUUAGAUAGUUGUCAUCCUGACCGCCUACGCCUGUACAACGGUAAUAGUGGAAAUUUUAACGAAAAUAAAACUUCAUUCGAAGCGGAGUUAAGCUAUGGAUUAUUUAAGCGGGUGGUGCAAGAGUGUCAGGAGGCUCGAAGGCAUGACAGCCAUCGUGACGGGCAGCAACACAGGAAUCGGCAGAGAAACUGCUCUUGAUUUAUAUUUGAGAGGCUGUCGCGUAAUUAUGGCAUGUCGCGAUACAAAUAAAGCAAACGUGGCCAAAUCCGAAAUUGAAUCUUCACAUGAAAGCACUGAAGGAAAAGGAAGUCUGAUUGUUCGUAAACUGGACAUUUCCAGCCUGAGCUCUGUGCGCGAAUUCGCAUCACUGAUGUUAACCGAGGAGGCAACGAUUGAGAUCCUAGUGAAUAAUGCUGGAGUUAUGAUGGCACCACGGGGUAUCACGGAAGACGGCUUCGAAACGCACAUGGCGACAAACCACUUUGGACACGCUCUCCUGACGCUCCUGUUGCUGCCUAUGCUCACUAAUUGCAACCAUGCCAGGGUCGUAUUCGUGUCGUCAAUGGUACAUGAGCGUGCCGAGCUCGAUUUCGGUGAUAUUAAUUUUGAGACUACAACAUACGAUCCUCUAAUGGCCUAUUGUCGCAGUAAGGUCGCAAAUAUAUUGUUUGCACGAGUCCUUUCUCAAAAAUUGCGGGAUCACAACAUAACCAAUGUCAGCACAUACAGCCUGCACCCCGGCGUCAUCAGCACGGAGAUCGGCCGGCACUUCAGCGACACGUUUUUCCACGGCACGACAUGGGUGUUCAACAACGUGUUGUCCUGGUUCUGCAAGUCGCCGCGCUGCGGCGCACAGACCACCGUAUACUGCGCCGUGGACGAACAGUGCGCUAAUCAAUCUGGACUUUAUUACAGCGACUGUGCGGUAGCAGCCUCGUCAAAAUAUAGUCAAAACUACGCUUACGCUGAAGAACUUUGGACGGUGACCUUAGCAGCUCUAAAGUUACGAGAAGAUACCUUGUUCGGCGAUGUCGCUCCACAGAAAUAGAAAUCGCGGCAGCCAUUAAUUGUAAUGCCGGUAAGAGAAUCCUGUUAAAAAAAGAAUCAAAUUAAGAGCGAAGGAAGAAAAAUCAUAUUGGGUACCUAUUCCAAGCGUACGUACAGGGAUUUAGUUAUUACUAAAAGUAUAAUCUACUAUUAUAGUAUUUUAUGCAACAGUUGUAUAAGAAGGGUCAAAAAAGGCGAGUGACGUGAGUUACAAUGUGAGCCGGAGCCGAAGGCGUAGGCGAACAUUGUAAAGGAAUACGCCACGAGCAUUUUUUGACCUACUUAUACAACGUUGCAUACAAUAUUUUUCCUACGAGUCAACAAAAAUAAAUCUUAAUUUAGGUAAACAAAUUACAGCAAAAGUAUAUAGCCAAGACGCGCGAGCAUACCUUGUUACGCGCCCGGCCCGCCCCGGACCGCGGCCGGCCGGUCAGCGACACCUCCUCGUAACUCAUGAGGCCCUGGUACUUGCUACUUGCUAAAUUAAAUUUUUGGACAGUUUUUUCUCAAUUUUGGCCACCGUAGCCUACGGAGACUAACAAGCAACGCUAAGCGGUCUUCGUAGUCUAUGGGUGUUGCUAUAUUACGGGUGUCACAUGCGUGUUUAUGACUUAUGAAGUUAUUAUUUUUACUAUGCAACCAAAUGAAUAGUGUAAGUUGGCAGCAAUGCACUUAGUUUAAAACUGUAUUCGUUUUGGUUUUGUUAGGUUGGUAGCCAUUAAUCGCAGUAACGUUAUAGCUUAUAAAAGCACAAGAGCUUUUAUGAGGAAUAGACAAUAUAGACUUUUCUUGAAAUCUUUUAUGUAUGUUCUUAUAUUCGUGUUAAUGAAUGCAUAAAUGACAGAUAACAGUAGAGGAGUAGGAAAAAGUAAUAUUAUAAGUAAAAUACCUAGUUGGUUACUAAAUUCUGUUACUGCAAUAAUCUUUAUCUACAUAAAAUAUAUAUGCGAACGAAAGUUGAAUAAACUAUAUAUUAAAAUGAAGUUACACGUUUUGACGACCGGUCUGGCCUAGUGGUUAGUGACCCUGCCUACGAAGCUGAUGGUUCCGGGUUCAAAUCCUGGUAAGGGCAUGUAUUCGUGUGAUGAGCAUGGAUAUUUGUUCCUGAGUCAUGGGUGUUUUCUAUGUAUUUAAGUAUUUAUAAAUAUUUAUAAAUUAUAUAUAUCGUUGUCUAAGUACCCUCAACACAAGCUUUAUUGAGCUUACUGUGGGACUUAGUCAAUUUGUGUAAUGAUGUCCUAUAAUAUUUAUUAUUAUUAUUAUUUCCUUUAUUUAUCUUUUUCUCUCAGAUUAGGCUUUUUACAAUAUGUAUAUAAAAGUAAAAUAUAAAAACACUUACAAAACAAUACAAAAGAUAUAAACACAUUAUAAAAAACCUAACCUAGGGUGCCGCCAGCAGCGGGGCAGGGCCCAAGCUGCCGGUGGUCAGGGCCGCAGAGAGAGGAACCGCCGGACUAUCCGCGCCGUGUCCAAGAUCACCGCCUUCUGCAUCUGACCCUUGAUCCAACCACCUAGCGAGAGUCUCUCAAGGUGUUGGUCGAGACUCUUCGCUAUGAGACUGUUCGCUGAAACGACUAUCGGGACAAUGAUCGUCGAAUCGACAUUCCACAUGGCGGUUAUCUCGUGAGCCAAGUCUAGGUACUUACUGGACUUGUCCUUCUCGGCUUUCACGAGAUUCUCAUCAUGAGGGAUGGUGAUGUCGACGAGCACGGCCCGGCGUUGCGAUCGAUCUAUUAUCACUAUGUCAGGCUUAUUGGCUACAAUAGUCCUAUCAGUGAUAAUAGAUCGAUCCCAAUAGAGCGUGGCACGACCAUUUUCGAGAACUGGCGCACGUGGGUACUUGUAGUACGGUACUUCGCGGUCCACAAGGCCGUAUAGAAGAGCAAGUUGCUGGCAAAUAAUCCUGGCUACGAGAUUAUGUCUGUGCAAGUACUCGCCGUUAGCAAGAUGAGAACAACCGGAAAUUAUAUGCCUGAGUGACUCUCCGGGACGGCGGCAUGCCCGACAAAUGUCGACCGUACCGUCCUUCAGGAUAUAUAUCCGAUAAUUGUUCGUCAUCAUCACUUCGUCCGCAAUUGCACAGGCAAAACCCUCGGUUUCUCCGAAAAGGUCCCCGAAUCGUAACCAGUUCACCGACGCGAGCAGGUCCACGUCGGGUCCCGUGAGGGCCUUGUAGAACCGCCCGUGUAGCACCUUCUUGUUAUUAUUAUUAUACAAAAUCAGUAAUUACGUAUGACAAUAUCAUUUAAAAUGGCCUCCUCUGGCCUUGACACAAGCCCUCAAACGACGAGGCCAGUCAUCAAUAGUGGCACGCACGAUUGUCACGUCUAAUUCCGUCACUGUCUUAACUAUGGCCCGCUUGAGGGAGUCAAGAUUUGUGUGAGGUUUAGCACAGGCUUUCUCCUCAAUAACCUGCCAUAUGGCAUAAUCCAGGGGGUUAAAGUCCGGGCUGGAGGACGGCCAGUCUUCGUGGGCAAUAAAGUCAAUUUUGUUCCUUCGAAACCAGGCUUGAGUUGUUUUUGCCUUAUGUGCAGGAGCUGAGUUCUGUUGAAAGACCCAUGGCUUGUUUUGAAAUAGUGUGGCUUAAGGGCUUCACUAUUGGUUCGAGAACGGUUUCCUGGUAAACUUUGGCCCCAGUUUUCACACCUUUUUCACAGAAAUGAACCUGUGUUAGCCCUGAGUAUGACACACCCAGCCAAAUCAUCACAUAAGAGGGAUGAUGGCCUCGUUGCACUCUCGGAACAGCCGCAAUCGCCUCUUGACUGUUUUUUGCAUACACUCUGUCCUUCUGGCGGUUACAACAUUCUUCAAUGGUAAAAAAAAUUUCAUCUGUAAAUAGUAUUUUUCGGUGGCCGUUUUGUGCUUCAAUAGCACGCGACUUCUCUCUAGCCUCAUAGUCUUUAACCGUCCUUUAACAAAUAACCUUUUUGUCUGCGGUAAACGUGUAGUACAAAGUCUUCAUUGAUAACUUUUUUUAAGGAGCUUCUCUUCACAGACAUCUGUAUUGCCAACAACUUUUGCUUCCGGACGGGGUUUCUUGUAAUUCUCGCCUUCACUGCCUUUAUUAGAGCUGGGCUCCGAACGGUGCGUGGUCUUCCAGACCUCUUGCGGACAUCGAAGCUCUGAGUACUAUUGUAUCUAUUAAUUGUGCGAUAAACAAAUUGUUUGUUGAUUUUUAGGUUUUCAAGCAACUUCAAAAUCAUGUUUGGCGGGUGCCCACAUUUGUGCAACGCAAUUACUGCGAUACAAUUCUCUUUUAGGCCCCAAUUCAUUAUAGAUACGACGAGAUAAGCGUUAUGUGUGGUAUAUACUCGUAAUUAUAGCUCCCAAAUCCACCACAUUAUGUCAUUUUUUUUUUUCGGUAGCAUUUGUUUUAACGGAAAUAAAGAGGUUGCAAAUCGAGUAACAGAACUUAGUAACUAACUAGGUAUAUGUUUGUAUGUACUUAUAAGUAUUUCUAAUUUAAUUUGUUGUGCCACAAUUUGUAUUAAAACAUAUCGUAGCGUUUU